AAAAUUUCGUAACAACUAGUGAUGUGUUCUUGUGACUAGUGCUGCAAAUUGCAGAGACUGAUCGUGUUGUUCGUUGAAAAACUCUUAUUUCCAAGUUUCAAUGUAUGCAUUUGCGGUAACAGGGGUAAAUGGGCAAUUUCCAUUCAAUGGCGGGAAUCCUUUUCAGGGAGGUCCAUUCGACCCUAAUUUUGGACCAAAUCUAGCGAGGCAAAUACAGAGCUCCGUUCAAAGCUCGCUAAAUACGGCCUUUUCUCAAGGCUCGAAUAUGAGAGGAACAUCCAUGAUUAGUAGUUCCGGGGGUGGCAUGAUUACUACCACCAUUGGCGGGCGCACCUAUACUGCUCGAAUACCUUCAGCCAGUUCAGUCUCUACCCAGAGCUCUAUCACCAACAACAAUGGGCAAAUGCAGGAAAGGGUGGUAGUGACUAUUAACGGAGACACAACCGUCUACACUACUGUCAACGGACACACCACAGUCACUGAUGGACAAGGAAAUCCCCGUCCGGAUGGUGGUCCCUUUCACAUCGGCACACAGCAACGCUUCAAUUAAAGCGAUAUUGAGCAAAAGGUUUCAAGAGCUCAAGCUGAUAGGGCUUGUUUUACAACUGGUUGCGCGGGCGGCAUGAUAACCUGGUUGUGUGUGCUAAUCUGAUUGAUUGAUAAGCCGAUAACAUUAAUAAAUUCUUUUGAGCACUCA